UGUACUUGGCAGACUGGACGCUGGCACGUUGCGGAUUCCUUCAUCUCGUUACCUCUGAAAAAGCAUUAAGAAAACAGCCACAACUCCUUGCAAACAUGGCCUCACCAACAACAUACACACUCCCUCCUCUUCCCUAUGCAUACGAUGCGUUGGAGCCCGCAAUCAGCGCGCAGAUUAUGACCCUGCACCACACCAAGCACCAUCAAACCUACAUCAACAACCUCAACGCCGCCCUCGUAUCACAAGCUACUGCUACAUCCAAGAAUGAUAUUGUGGCCCAGCUGCACCUUCAAAACGCCAUCAACUUCUCAGCGGGCGGGCACAUCAACCACACCCUGUUCUGGGAGAACCUGACGCCGGCAUCCUCGCCGUCGGCCCAGCCGUCGUCAGCACCAAAACUGGUCGCUGCCAUCUCCGCCCGCUGGGGCUCUCUGGAGAAGUUCCAAGAGAAGUUCAACGCUGUGCUCCUGGGCCUGAAGGGUAGCGGAUGGGGCUGGCUUGUUCAGGACACGGAGAGCAGCGCCCUUGAAAUCAUCACCAGCAAGGACCAGGACAUCGUGCCCGCAGGAAAGAAACCCCUCCUGGGCAUUGACAUGUGGGAGCAUGCGUACUACUUGCAGUAUCUGAAUGACAAGGGAAGCUAUGCUAAGGGGAUCUGGCAAGUGGUUAACUGGAAGAAGGUGGAGGAACGGUUUCUGAGUGGUGUUGAUGGGGUGUUUGGCAGUCUGGCGGGGUUGAGGAGCAGCAUUUGAGAGGGGCACCUUG